CGCAAACAUUAUUAUCAAAGCAAGUAGCAUCAAUGACCGAUCAAAGAAGAUUGGAACUAAUGGGUGAAGCAAAGGAUAUGUUUUAUCACGGAUUCAAUAAAUAUAUGAACCAUGCUUUCCCGAAAGACGAGCUGAAUCCCUUAAAAUGUUCUGGGAGAGGAAGAGAUAAAACUAAUCCAAAUAAUAUAAUUAUAAAUGACGUCCUUGGCGAUUACUCAUUAACGCUAGUUGAUUCACUCGAUUCUUUCGUGGUUUUUAAUGAUAAGGCGGGGUUCGAAACCGCCAUUCGUAAUGUUAUCGAACAUGUUUCAUUUAAUGUAAAUAGCAAAGUACAAGUAUUUGAAGCAAAUAUUCGUGUAUUGGAUUCACGCUUUGAUUUCAAAAUUGAUGGAUAUAAUAAUGAAUUAUUAGAGUUGGCAUAUGAUUUAGGCCAAAGGUUAUUACCGGCCUUUCAAAAUUCAAAAACAGGGAUUCCUUAUCCAAGAGUUAAUUUGAGAUACGGCGUGCCCAAAAGCGAAACGCAAGAAACAUGUACUGCUGGCGCUGGAACUUUAAUUUUAGAAUUUGGCGUCCUCAGUAGGCUUAUGAAUGAUACAAAGUUUGAGAAUGUGGCACGUCGUGCGUUAUUUAGCAUUUGGAACAGACGAACGGAUCUAGAUCUUGUUGGAAAUGUUAUAAAUAUUCAGACUGGCCAAUGGAUUCAUACUGCUGCUAGCACUGGGGCUGGAAUUGAUUCAUUUUAUGAAUAUUUACUAAAAGCUUAUGUGCUUUUUGGAGAAAGCGAAUACUUGCAUAUCUUUAAUGAAGCAUAUUCCGCAGUUCUCAGAUAUAUUCGUGAUGAAACUGGCUAUUUAUAUAGGAAUGUGAAUAUAUUGAAUGGAGGGCUGAUGUCUGCUUGGGUAGACAGCUUAUCUGCUUAUUUUCCUGGCUUACAGGUUCUCGCUGGCGAUCUGGAUAAUGCAAUUAAAUCACACCUAUUAUACUACAAUAUCUGGAGAAAAUAUCGAGCCCUCCCGGAACGAUUCAACUUUCAUCUAAGAAAUGUUGAAAUUGCAUCAUAUCCUCUAAGGCCAGAAUUUAUAGAAUCAACUUACUUUCUUUACAGAGCAACGAAAGAUCCAUUUUAUCUUCGUGUUGGUGAGAUGGUUCUUAAAGACUUACAAUCAUACACUCGUGUCGAAUGUGGUUAUGCAUCUGUCAAAGAUGUUCUCACCAAGAAGUUAGAAGAUCGUAUGGAAAGUUUUGUGCUUAGUGAGACAUUCAAAUAUUUAUAUCUAUUGUUUGAUACCGAACAUAUAUUCAAUAAAUUAGAUGAUAAUUUUGUUUUUACAACCGAGGCACAUAUUUUCCCCUUGAAUGCACAAUAUUGGAAAAAAACUUGGAAACAUAUAGACAAUUUUACAUGCAAUGCAUAUAAAAACCCCAAAAAACUCACAACAUCUAUUUUAGAACGUCCAGAUGCAGAUCUUGCGAGAGAAUUGGUUGGAUUCGAAGAACAUUUUGAAUUAACAACUUCGUCAUGUGUCAUGUUCGUUUUUGAAGAUCUGUCUUUACCACAUUUAGAUCCUUAUGGUUAUUGUGAAGCUCCGCAAAUGGAACCACUGAUAAUAGACGUAAGUUAUGAUGAACCACCUGAAUCAAGUAUGAAUCAA